AUGGUCGGCACGGAGCCGAGCUGGACCAUGAUCCCCGGCAAGGGCGGGGCAGUGAGCCACAACGCCUGCCGAAAGACCUACGAGAAGCAACUGCUGGAGUCCAACAUCCCUUGGCACAACGACAACGACUGCAGGAGCACGAGACCCAGAGCGGGAGCUUCGCCACAGACCCGGAGCCCAAGCACCCAAGGCGAGGGCCAGGGCAACGAUUGCUGGGGUAACCUUGCCCUGGCUCUCCGAAGCGCCACGUCGCUGACCUCCACCGCCAGCGGUUCGCAGAGCUCGCAGCGCAGCCGAGUGGGCAGCGCGCGAGCGGCGAUGACCACUUCCAGAGGGCUCUGGCGCGACCUCCCGCGCUACAGCAGAAGCGGCACCUUGGAGAACACAGGACCCUCAGAGCAACAUCCGGCCCCCUUCGAUGUGGACUUCGCUGGCCACCGCGUGCAAGCCAGAACUCGAGUUGCCAGCGAUGAUGCCCUCAAGAGGCCGAGCUGCGUCAGCCCUGCGCGACUUCGCUACCUUCUCGAGAUGCAUGGAUCCAGCCCCACUACACGGGAGCUGGUCCCAGCACGUCGAAGGCCGCGCAGCAAGGUGAAUCGGCCACGAUCGCUGUCGCCACCCUCUGCAGCAGAGGUCCCGAACAAGGAGCCCAUCGCACUCGCACAAGAGCGCCUGGGAUCGUGGAUGUCCCUUGGCGAGGCUCCUUGCAACGGCCUGGCCGAAGUGUUGGCGAAGCCCGGCGCGCCUCCUCGGGCCACCUGCGCCUCGGAAGGACUGAGCACGCCGGCCGCGGUGCCUGCACCGGCCGCCCCCUUGGCACCUCCGCCCCCAACGGCCAUGCGACCAGUGCUGGUUUUGCCGGUGCCCUCGCGCUUACUCCGCGAGCCACUCUGUGCUGGACCGGUGCUGCAGCUGCAACGUUGA